GCAAAGAUCCCGUAUGCGUGGUGACGACAGACGCAUCGGCGAAGGACAAGCCUUGUCUCGUUACUUCGGCCACGUCCGCCUUUAGCAUACCGUCUUGACGCCCACCGCGUGGCCCUCCUUACUCUCCACGCCACUUCCACGGCACCAGAUGCAGUCACCGCGGCGAGUUCAACCAACUCGACCUCCCAUGUCCGUGCAGAAAUUCUGGAUACGGCGCUGUCACGAGCUAUGCAAUCGUUGGAAGCCAAGGCGAAGGCUCUCGAGGCCCACGAGGUACCUCGUACGCCUUCCUUCCCGGCUUUGGCACACAACAGGUUCCAGGACUUGAUCCGAGCCCGCUCGGCUGCCAAGCUCGAGGUCGAUAGCCUGUAUCGCCUCAACUCACCGCACGUCAUUGUUGCGGCCAAGUUGCUCGAGACAUUGACCGACAGCCUCUUUCGCGAGUUUGCCCAUGUCGAAGCGCAUCGCGAUCAACUCAUUUACGACGACCUGGCGGCGGUACGAUCGCUCAUGCUCGUCGAUCGUUUCUAUGACUGCACAGUCCACUGGACGCGCCAACGCACGACAAGUGACUCGCCACUGUGUAGGCGCAUUCAGUUGUUCUUGGCGACGUUUUCGGCACUCCCUCCAACGUCGAGCACAUCCCGCCAUGCGCUUUGCAAACGAGAAGACGAGGUGCGACAGAUCUGCCGUCGAGUGCUCCACUUGAUUCAACGAUUGGUCGAUCCUGGCGUUGGUCUCGUUUGUACACUGAAGGACAACAACAGCGACAUGAUUCAGCUUGAUCGGAAGACAUACUCCGAACGAUGGACCUUAUGUGCAACAUUUCAGAAGUACCAAUCGUAUGAUCCGUUCGCAGCUUUGUACUCAGGGUUCACCGAUUCCUACGCGCGACUUCUCCGCGAGGUGCGUCGUCGAAAGCGGAUCAUUGUCAAGGCCAAUAACAUAGUGCAUGGAUUGUCCGAGCGGAGCGAGUUGCUGAUUGAGUUGCCGAUUUUUUUUGUUCGAUUUCUUUGAAGCCGUUUUGCGAGAGAACUCGCCCGAAUUGAUAAUGUCUUACUUCCUCCGUUCCCGAAAGAUAGAGACAACUUAGUCUCAGAAAUGUAAUUUUCGUAAAAAUCACCAGAAUAGACUCA